UGGAGAGAAAGUCCCGCACGUACUUGCGCUGCCCAUAUGUUAUCAAAUUAUUAUUCAUGUUAUGGCUCUGCUCUGCACUUGUAUGCUCAUUGGAAUACGACAACCUUAACAAUUGAAAGAGCCUGAGCGUGAGCCUUUAAGUGAUCGGUUGUUGGCACUCUGAACAAGAGAGAGUGAAGAGCAAGCGAGAUUAAAAAAAAAAGGUAAAAAGAUGGGAGAAACAGCUCAUAACCACCAGCAGCCACCGCCACCACAAGCAGCGGCAGCACCACCACCACCACCUCCACCAUCACUUGCUUUGUCAAGAGGUCCUACUUGGACUCCUGCUGAGCAACUCCAGCAGCUCCAUUACUGCAUCCACUCCAAUCCCUCUUGGCCUGAGACAUGUCUGCUGGCUUUCGAACACUAUAUUGUGAUGCUUGGAACUACGGUCUUGAUUGCACGUAAUCUUGUGCCUCGAAUGGGCGGGGACCCUGGUGAUACUGCCCGUGUUAUUCAAACAUUGCUGUUUAUGUCAGGAAUCAAUACACUGCUUCAAACAAUUAUUGGAACAAGGCUUCCGACGGUGAUGGGUCCUUCGUAUGCUUUUGUACUGCCAGUUUUAUCAAUCAUGAGAGAUUACAAUAAUGAAACCUUCUCGAAUGAGCAUGAUAGAUUUGUAGACACUAUGAGAACGAUACAAGGAUCAUUGAUUGUUUCUUCCUUUGCCAACAUCAUUCUCGGGUUUAGCAAAGCAUGGGGUAAUUUGACAAGGUUCUUUAGUCCCAUUACUGUCGCGCCUGUGGUUUGUGUAGUGGGUCUUGGUCUGUUUAUGAGGGGCUUUCCACUACUUGCCAACUGUGUGGAAAUUGGCCUGCCUAUGCUGAUUCUGCUAAUAAUUUGUCAGUAUUUGAAGUAUCUACAUCCCAGGGCCAACCCUGCAAUUGAGAGGUUUGGUUUACUCGUCUGCGUUGGUAUUAUUUGGGCUUUUGCUGCUAUCCUCACUGUUUCCGGUGCUUACAACAAUGUGGGGCAGCAAACUAAACAGAGUUGCCGCACAGACCGAUCGUAUCUUAUGUCAUCUGCCUCAUGGGUCCAAGUCCCAUACCCCUUUCAAUGGGGGGCGCCUAUAUUCAGAGCAAGUCACGUCUUCGGGAUGAUUGGGGCAGCGCUUGUUUCAUCUGCAGAGUCCACUGGAACCUUUUUUGCUGCAGCUCGGCUUGCGGGUGCUACACACCCUCCUGCUCAUGUUCUUAGCCGAAGUAUUGGUCUGCAGGGUGUGAGCUUGUUGCUUGAUGGAAUUUUUGGUGCAGCUGUUGGUACCACUGCAUCAGUUGAAAACGUUGGGCUUCUUGGACUCACACACGUAGGGAGCCGAAGAGUGGUGCAGAUUUCAACUGCUUUCAUGUUCUUUUUCUCCAUCUUUGGCAAAUUUGGUGCCUUGUUUGCUUCUAUUCCUCUGCCGAUAUUUGCUGCUAUAUACUGUGUUUUAUUUGGGAUUGUUGCUGCAAUCGGUAUUUCAUUUAUACAGUUUUCGAACAAUAACUCCAUGAGAAACCACUACGUUUUGGGUCUGGCUUUGUUCCUUGGGAUAUCGAUACCACAAUAUUUUGUCAGCAACACCACUGGGGAUGGACAUGGACCAGUUAGAACAGAUGGUGGAUGGUUUGAUGACAUAUUGAACACACUUUUCUCAUCCCCUCCAACGGUAGCAAUGAUUGUUGGGACAUUGCUCGAUAGCACACUGGAAGCAAGGCAGACUAUCAAUGACCGAGGAAUUCCAUGGUGGAAACCUUUCCAGAGCAGAAAGGGUGAUGUUAGAACUGACGAGUUCUACAGUCUGCCCCUUAGGAUAAAUGAGUGGAUGCCCACCAGAUUUCUCUGAAUAAACUUCGCUUCCUUGUAUAUUAGAUAUACCAUAAGCAAAUUCCGUGUUAGCAUGCAUGGUGAGGCGAGGCGAGGCCUUUAAGUUGUUGCAAAGAACUGUAAACAUUACCCAUCGAGGAGUAGUUUUCCUUUUCUCUUCGUUAAUCUCGAUACAACAAGGUUUUGUUUUAGUCUCAGGUUACUAGCCUAGACGAAGGAGCAUUGUGAAAUCUAGACGGAUUGUCUGUGCAGUGUAGAAGCGAAAUUUUCAGUGGAUAAAAGGUCUUGCCACGAACUAAGAGAAGUGCUUGUAAACUAUAUUGAAUUGUACCAGUACUGGUGAAGAUGAUCAUUAAUUUUGUUAUUAUCAUCAUCAUCAUAAAAUUCUCUCAUCCUUGGCCAUGACUACAGGUGCCUUGUUGAGUA